AUGAACUUAGACAAACAUUUUCUAGAUGGAAAAAAAUUAUCAAAUUUAGUCAAUAAAAAAAUGGAUAAAGAAGUAAUUAAGAAUCUUCAGUUACUCAGUGAAAAGUUUAUACUAGAUAUUAUUAAUAGAUCUUCUAUGCUUUGUAGACAUAAAGGUAAAUCUGUUAUUGAUACCGCAGAAGUGUCUUUUGUAGUCGAAAAAGAUUUUGAUUACAGUUUUGGUGUUAGGGAGAUUACUAAUACAAAUCAAGUAUCUGCAUCUGAGCAUAUAGAGAAGAUGGCGGAGUUGAGUAGGCAGAAUAAGUAA